CGCCUUUGUUUUCUUCGUUUGUUUGAUUGAUUUGAUUUUGAUUAGAACCGAUUCCAAUUUUCGUCCAUUUCGGUGAAAAAUCUUGUAGCGUAAAACUCUUCUUCCACCAUUGUUGGAAUCCUCAAUUCAAAUUCUCUGAAUCUUAAACAGAGAGCUUCGUGAAGAAGAUGAAUCGAUUACUGAGUGUUGUUUUGGUGCUUCUUGCCAUUGCUUGGGUUCCGACGUUUGAGUGUUCGAAGAAGCUAUCAGCAGCUGCAAGGAGGGAGGACGUUCCGUACAUCAAAUGCCAGGUCUGCGAGAAGCUUGCUGUGCAGUUGUAUCACCAAGUUGAGAAGAAACGAGCUGAGAUCGCUCCCAAGAAGAUCUCCGAGUAUCAAAUUAUCGAAAUAGCUGAGAACGUAUGUAAUUUGAAGAAGGCAGAAGCUGAUUGGAUUUUGCAGAUUGACAUUGUUGAACAAGGGGAUAGGCUUGAGCUAGUGGAGCAGAACACCGAAGGACAAUGCAAUUCAGAGUGCAAGACUAUUGAGCGUGCAUGUCAAGAGGUCAUGGGAUAUUCUGAUACUGAUGUUGCUGAAUACUUGUAUAGCUCCAAACCAAAGAUUGAAUCGUUGAUUAACUAUCUGUGCAAGGACCUCACUCAAUCAUGCAGUACUAAGCCGCCUCCAGUUCCUAAGGACAGGACACCAGGCGAGCCCUUCGUGGCCAAGUCAGCAAAGGAAGCUGAAAUGGAAAAGAUGUUGAGAUCUAUGGAGGGAAUGCCAGGAGCACCCGGCAUGAAAAUGUAUUCAAGAGAUGAUCUAAUGAAUAUGAAGAAUCUCGGAGGUGAAGAUGACGAUGAAGACGAGGAAGAAGAUGAUAAAUUCCCUUCAAAUUUGGGCAAAGUUUUGAGGGAGAAAGAGAGCAAGAGUGAUUGGAAAAACAGGAUCACGAAGGGCGUUUCGAAGGCAGGGGAAGCAAUAAAAAAGCACGCUUACAGAGUGUCUAACAAAGUAAGGCAAUGGUGGAGAGCGAAGUCCAGAGGCUUCAAAAGUUCAAAGCCCGCCGCCAAACAAGAACUGUAAAGUCUCUCAAUAACAUUAAAGUUAAAUUCGUUGUAUUUGCAUCGCCCCAUUAGGAAGCUAGCUAGUGAAACUGAUAGCAAAUACAGAAGAGUUCUUGUUCGAAUCAAUCAAUGUUCUGAGAUUUUGUAGUACUCUUCAGGAAGGCUAAAGCCUUGGAUUUGGAAAUGUUUUCUUUUUAC